CCCACUAGGAAGCUGCAACCUCUGUACUUAGGCCUGCUCCACGGUCUCCCAAAACAGGUCGCCGCAGCCACUCAUCACGCCCCCAUCAGAACCCACCACUGUCACAGGCCAUCUCGCUUGUGCGGUAUCUUGGUCUUACCCCCGCCUUCUACUUCCUCUGGCGCUUGGAAUAACCUCCUGGACACCACCCUACGGAAUAAUAGGCUUCUCUGUCAUUGCCAUCCGAGCUGACAGCAUUUGGUCCCAGUGCCCCUCCUUGUCCUCUUUGAGCCUGGCCCAUUUCGACACUGACAUCAGUAUCAUCUUCUCUUUCAUCAAUCACUUCUCACAGCCUCAGCCAAUAUGUCGCGAGCAAAUCAGUGGUUUGUUCUGGGCGAUGGCAUCGCACGAGAGGUCAUCACGGCCGAUAUCCAGCGCUACCUGGGUCCUGAUGCGCUUGUCAGGCCUGGCACAGGCACCGGCGAAUACCAGGGCCAGCCAGGCUACUGGAUCACCGCAUAUCGAACGCUCACUUCGCAAAUGAUCCAGGAUCUGAAGAUGGAUUCGCAGCGCUGGCAGCAGGAGCGACAGCCAGGCGAGGGACGCGGAGCUUACCAAGACUCGCGCACCCACGCGGCGCGCCAGCACUGGGGUCCCUCAAAGCCGGUUGAGCACCCCUCUGCUGCAGACCCUUACGACCGCCAGUCUGCUCCUAGGGCAUCAUCCGGAUACGCAACAUCGGCGGCAUACGCACCCAGUGAAGGACACUACACAACUGCCCCGGUUAGUUAUGGAAGUGCGCAAUCAGGAUACCAGGCUGCACCAUCCUCGGCCGCACCCAGGACCCAGCCCGCGGACCCCUAUGCCAGUUACUCGCAACGUGAAGGAUACCAGUCCCAGGGUUAUGGUUCUUACCCAUCGCAGUCACCAACAGAUGCCUACGGCCGACCUACCGCCGCCCCGACAUACGCGACCCCAAGGUAUUUUGGAUACACCGACGACAUCUUUUUGGUCUAUCGCUAAGCCCCCAGUAGUGCUACUCCUGCUCCUGCUCCAGGCUACUACAUUGCUUCAGACGGUCGACAAUACCCAUUGUCACAGCAACCACAGCCAUCUUCCCGCAGCUCGCAAUCUGGAUACCGGAAACACUAGGCCGGUGCUCAAACCUGAUGAAUGCGCAGCAACUGGAGGCAGCCUUCCUGUGACUGUCAGCCUUCAACCACUGUUACUCCG